CUCCCUCCUCCCUCCCCCGGCGUCGUUGGAGCUGCUCGCCUGCCUGCAAUCCAACAUGGAGUAGAGAGAGAUGGGGCUCUAGCGGGGCCACCCCUCGGUAACAACAGCGACGACGCGCUUUUUUACGCACAACUGGAACCGGAGUCGUCGGCGAAAACAUGCGCCUUAGGACUUAAAAUCGGAGCGUGUGCUUUGUGUGUCCGUGUGUGUGUGCGUGCGUGCGUGUGAGUGUUUGGGGAAGGAGGAGGAGGAGGAGGAGGGGGAAGCGAAGAGAAGAGCUGGAUUCGGCUACUAAAUUGUCCGUAUAAGCUACGUUACCUACUGAAGGCGAUGGGCUAUUAAAGUUAUAGAAAGGGUGGCAUUUGCGAUCCAGGGGAGACUGGGUGGCUCCGAGCGGGGGGUUAAGAGAGAAGGGGAAAAGUGAGGAAAAGAAGACGGAGGCACAACCAGUCGAAGGCAAGCCAAAGAGCCGACACUCGCACAAAGGCGCAGGGGGGAUUUAUGCGGAAUUGGAGACAGAAUCGGUGGAGUCGCGGUGAAAGAAUGACGAGCGAAAAGUAUGCAACCGCCGUGGUACAUUACCUGAGGUGAAACGAGAAAAUGAUAGAAGAAACACACCCAAACGAUGACAGCUACAUCGUGCGUGUGAAAGCGGUGGUGAUGACGCGGGACGACUCGAGUGGCGGCUGGUUGGCCCAGGACGGGGGAGCUCUGAGCAGGGUGGGGGUGUGCCGCCUCCUGCCGCCAGAGUUGGCACCUGUGCCGGCCUCCAGCAGCUCCCAGUUCCUCAUCCGUGGUGAGCGGCUACGGGAUAAACAGGUGAUCCUGGACUGUCCACUGAGGAAGGAUCUGGUGUACACCAUAGCAACGCCCACAUUUCAUCAUUGGAAGGUGGAGGACAGGAGGUGUGGCCUCUCCUUCCAGAGCCCAGCUGAUGCCAGAGCUUUUGACAGGGGGGUACGGAAAGCAAUCGAGGACCUGGCUGAAGGCUCCACAACCUCCUCUACAGCACUCCAGAAUGAGGGCGAGCUGGGCGACGAUGACGUCUUUACUAACACCACAGACAGCUCAUCCAACUCCUCCCAGAAACUGGAGAGCUCUCUGCAGCCACUCGAGUCCUCACCCCUUCCGCAGAGACACAAGUGCGUGAUGGGACAUCGCCACGACCUCCAUGACCCCUACCGGCUCUCAGACCACUACUUCUUGGACCAGCCGUUGUCUCGGCUUCCCCGCCACGUCACUUUCCAGGAGGACGAGGAAAUCGUCCGUAUCAACCCUCGGGAGCGCAGCUGGGAGCGAACCACAGAGCGUCACCAUGGACGCCAGUCGGACCGCCCCUGGCUCAGGGGUUACGAGGACUACCGCCAUGCCACUGUGCGUGACAAGUUCAUCCAAAUGGACGACUCUGAGUCCUACGUCCACUUUGCCAAGACAGAGGCGCAGAAGCACGACUAUACCUACCCGCUGGCACCGGCCCUGUCGCCCUCAGACUCUGAUCCCGCCCUCGGACCCUUGACCAAUAAGGGCCACGGCGGCUCGUAUCGCCACGGCUUCUCCUCCGUGGUCUCCACCCAGCCCCGCUCUUUCCUCCCGAGCUCUUCCCCAUCCACCAAUGGCGGGAAGGGGCGGAAGGAGGACGGGAUGGAGCGCGCUCAGUGCGAGCACUGCGGUGAGGCCUUUUACCUCUCCGACAACCGGAGAGGCCGGUGCCAGGAUGCACCAGACCCUGUGCGGGCGUGCAUCCGGCGGGUCAGCUGCAUGUGGCUGGCAGACACCAUGCUCUACCACUGUAUGUCUGACCCAGAGGGGGACUACUCAGACCCCUGCUCCUGUGACGGGGGCGAGGGAAGCGGGGGAGGCCGGCUCGGCACGCGCUGGUUAGCUCUGCUCGGCUUGUCCCUGGUGGCGCCCUGCCUCUGCCUCUAUCCGCCUCUCCACGCUUGCCACCGGGCAGGGCUCACGUGCGGCUGCUGCGGAGGCCGACACAAGGCCCUGAGCUGAGCCGCUGUGCUUGGAAGCCUCUCAGAGGAAACAACAACAACAAAAAACAUAAACCCAACGCAAGCACAGGGAAAGGGAAGGAUGGGGAAAUACACAGAGUGGACAAGUGGUCAUGGCUGCUCGCUCUCUUGCCUUGGUUUCUCUGGGUUUCUCUACAAAUUCCAGACACUGAAAUAAGCCAAAAAAAAAAAACUGUUGGUGCAUUUUCUGAACGGCCUGGGAAGAUAAGCUCCCCCUUACGGCAGACAGUUCUCUCACCUCUUCACAUGGCCAUUUCAUGCUCUGUUUCUAGUGAGAGCGCACUCUUUUUCAGGGGGCCUUUUUUUUUUUAUAGCUGACCUAUAUGUCAUGUAUCACAUAUGCAGGUACUUUAUACUUUGUACACUGACUCGGCGUCAAAGAACUUGAAUUGUUUCUUUGUUCUAUUUUUUCUCUCUCCUUUGAUGUACGCGUGGCCAUUUUGUUUAUAUUCUAUUCCAAUAUCAGGCCCGCUCAGCUCAACUCCAGCUACAAGAGAAAUCAGACACUACACCUCUUUUUGUGUGUGUGCAAGUGUAUGGCUGUAUGUUGUGUGCGUGCGUGCGUGUGUGUGGAUGGUGUACGUGCAUGCUUACAAUGUGCGCUGAGGCCUUUUGUUGUCUGUACUGCAGCUUAUAGUAAAGCUCAUGUACUGUAUAUAGUCUACAUAGCUCUCCACCAUCGACAUCUUCUUUGUUCACUGAAACAAACGUGGUACUCAUCUUAAUCUUCUUCUAAUAUCCCAAAGAUUUGUGUUUUUAUCCUAUUUAUUUUCUCAUUGAAUUGAUCUACCAGCAAAAGGGUGCUGGGUCGUGAUUUACUCACUGAAAGAGACGGUGCCUAAAGUCAUGCUACAAUACUCUAGCAUCCGUCUCCCUGCUCCUUUCAUGUUAUUUCAAACAGUGCCUAAACUAUCACCUAAACCAGGAACCAUGUCCAGUCUUAGAAUUCCAGUCAGUUUUUUGGCUCAUUUUACUCAAUAUACACUUGAAGCGGACUGAGAUUUUUAAGGGCUCUGAGUUCCUCAUUCUUUGUAGAACCUAAGCUGGCAGUCUGUGUCACAUCAAGGACUGAAAAAAUCAUUUGGAGAUAAAAUUGGUUAUGCCCGUUAUGCCUUAAAAUUUGGAGCCUAGCUCCAAACUUCACCCCCUCUGAAGAUGUCUGCUAUAAUAAAAAGCGUGAGCAUUGUUAUGACUCCAAGCAAUCAGCCUCACCAUAUACUCUUAGAAACUGGGUUUAAACUAUUUUUGUAAAUGAAAAGGAACUCUUAAAAUGGUUCUCAUCAAGCGUGUAAACUAAGGACUUCAGUUUGCCUGCGAUGUACAAUCAGCUCCCCCUUUAAAAUCUAGCCCUCCAGUAGAGCCCACCAGUUACAUGUGCGGGAACAGCAAAGUCCUGAUGGGUCUGAUGGGUCAGUGAAUUAAAUCAGCCAAGAAUGUGUUCAGAUCUACUCAAAACAUCCAGUAUGCUCCAAAAAACCCUCAAGUUUGAAAACAAAUUAUAAAGCCAUGCUAGUAAUUUUCUACAAAAACUGAACUUUUUAAUUGUUAUUAUUUUAUUGCCAAAAACAUAUGAUUGGCCUGACGUACAGUGUCACAGCAACAAUGCAGUAAAUUGUAUUUCUCACAUAUUUAGCAAAGCUAAGCCCAUAUGUCAAUCACAAGUUGUUAGAGGAAUCAAUUUGCUUUCUUACUGAGAGUAAGAUGAGAAGAUUGAUACCACUCCUGUCUGUGUAUUAGCCUAUAUAAGAAGCUAACUUAGCCAGGAGAUGGGUAGCUUAGCUUAGCAUAAACAUUAGAAACAGGGGGAAACAGCUAGUCUAGCUCUGUCCAAAGGUAAGGUAACAAAUGAGACAUGACAUGCUAAUUAGUGAGGUUUAGAGGUGUUUUUUGUUUUGUUUUUAACGUUCAGACGGAGCUAAGCUAGCGGUUUCCCCCGUUUCCAGGCUUUAUGCUAGGCUAAGCUAAUCAUCUCUAAUCGGCUGCCUGUUUAACUCUUAAACUGUUCAUUUAAGGCCAAAGCGUUUUAUUGCAUAUUGGAGACAAACAUGACAGGCAACUUUCUGAAACCGCAGUUACAUGUGACUGGUUUGCACUACUCUGUCCUAGAGCAGAUUUUUUUCCCCUCCAUGCCAGAUUUAGUACAUCAUUGUGCCCAAAAAGAGUAACGUCUAAACCUUAUGAUAGAUAUAGAUGAUACCUCGAAAGAAUUAAGAAUGAAACAGUUCAACAGUCUGUUUAUACUGGAUGUGACGAUGUAUAAACUCGGGUGUUGGAGGAAAAACAAAAACGCUGUCCUACCUGCCUGUGUCACCUGCUGUGUGAGUGACACCACAGCCAGCCAAUCACGGCCUCACACUGACAGCACAACACUAAAACUGACAGCUGUUCGGGUGCUCUAUACUUCAUCAAUGCUUGGUUGAUGGCAGCAUUGGGGAUGUGACCAGGAACACACUAAGCUUUAUGGAAAUAAUAAAAAAAUAAUUAAUAAAUAAAAGAAGCAGGACAUCAGUCAGGUCCCUUUGGAAAAGAGUGGGAGUCCAAAAAAACAAAUGAAAUCCUGGUAACAAACAUCCAUCUCUGAUUGUUUUGCCAAGGAAAUGUCACUUACUGUAGUUGAAAUACAGAAUGCCUGAGGAUGUCCUUUUUCCUUCCCUGGUUGUGUCUGUUUCAUACAUCCUGUCCUGUGUACCAGUUUGUAUGUCCUUGGUGUGUGUGUGUGCGUGUGUGUUUAUGCCACAUCCCUUUCCCCUCUCCUGCUCCUUGAUCCAAAGCUACUGCGAUCAGCUGAAUAUGCUAUCACAUACUAACACCUAUCUAGUAUAAUCAGAUUCUUCAGCGAUGUGAUGUAUCAGGGACGGGGCCAAUCAGAUUGGAAGGAGAGAGUGUGUGUGUGUUUGUGUUGAAUCUUUUUUUCUCUGUCUCGUCUGGUGUUUGAGUGUGUUCUCACAUGUCAGAGCCAUUUACAAGUGCCUGAAUGCAUCCUCUUUAUCUCCUUCUGUAUUUAAAUUGAAAAAUUUAAGAAACGACUCCCUGUAUUGAAUUAGACCCAUUUUUUUACGCUUAGUAUUUUUACCUCUGUAAAAAAAAAGAGCAAAAAUUAUAUUAUAUAUAUCAAGUGUAUGUUGUACAUUUUUAUUUCUAUUUUGUUUUUUUAAAAUAACUGUUUCUAACAUGUACGAUGGAUGUAGCUCUUGCUUUCGAGAAGGAACAGGAAGUACUUUGUAGAUACUGAAGGGUGGCCAGGUCUGUGAGAAAACUAAAGUGAAAUGUGUGUCUUACCUUCCGCCUCCAAUAAAAUGAGAGAAAACAGUGAAACCA